AUGUUUACAUCAGCAUCUCAGCGUCUCUACCUUGCCACCAAGCAGCAGGUAUACUGGAGCCACAUCAAGAUUCUGGUCCCAAACACCUGGUCCACCCAGAGCCAAUACCAGUCUGCUAGCACCGAAACCUCACAGUCUGCAAACAUUCUCGUGCAUAGCUUUACAGAUGACGAACCGUAUGUCGAUAACUUUGAAGGAUGUGGGAAAGAGGGAAGUCGGAUGCACAUGACAUCAACCUAUGUUCUAAAUGCGCAGUACCGAGAAGCCAAGUUUGGCAACACAGACAACGUCUUAGUCCGAACCUGGGGGUAUUACCGUUGGGGAUUGUUCAAAGAACACUACGACGGCAAAGGAGGCGGUUUUCCUACCUAUGACUCAAACGGUACUACACAAGGAACCCGCUGCUCCCUCGGGAUCGAGGGAGAAUUGAAAAUGCCUAAUCUUGACGAUUGCAGGCCUGAUCCUGGCGCUCUUGGAAUCGUUAGUGUGAUAAAGGAGUUUUGUGACGACGAUGAAUCAGACCUAGAUAGCCUACACAACAAAUUAGCUAAAAAUCUCAUGAACAUUAGAUGCGGUGAACGCAGUGCAUGGUCGGUAAUGAGGGAUCAUACAGACUUCCAGGCGGAUGUCCAACCGGUCUCUUACACCGCUCCUGUAUUUGAGGUCCUCCAGCUCUCGUCAGUCAGAAGUGUAGUACUUGUUCUCGACAUCAGUGGUAGUAUGGAAGGGAACCGAUUUGACCGAAUGAUCCAGUCAUCUGUAGUUUACAUCAUGAGUGUAAUUCCCACUGGCAGCAAGCUUGGAAUCGUAGUUUUUGACUCGACAUCGCAAAUCAGUGGAAAUCUUACGGAUAUUACCGAAACCGCUUCGCGUCAAAGACUCGUCAAUGCCUUACCGCCGUCUCCGGUGGGUGGCACAUGUAUCGGAUGCGGGAUAUUAUCAGGCAUUGAGGUACUGGGGUCAUACGCACAAGGUGGAUACAUCAUACUCCUCAGUGAUGGAGAAGAGACUGAUGCUCCGUUCAUCAUGGACACAUAUGACGAAAUUAAGAACUCAGGAGUCAUAAUCGACACCAUCACUAUAAGCGACUCAGCUGAUCAGCAAAUGGAAGAUCUUUCCACAAACACUUCUGGCAUAGCAAACUUCUGUUCGGAUGAUGCCAGGACUGGAAUUCGUCUAAUUCAGGCAUUUCAGAGUACCAUAACGGAGAGACCUGACGUUGGCAUGGAAACGGUUCCUGUACAGGUGUACAGUUCCGAUUUCAUUAUCGAGCCCGAUCCUGGCUUCUACAAUAUUUCGCUGGUCAUUGACGCCGCACUUGGCUACGAAACGGUGAUCGUCGUGAUCUGGACGGAGAGUCAUUCGAUAUCAGUCGUAGUAACUGAGCCAGACGGUAUUAGAGUUGACCAUAACGAUCCUCGCUAUCAAAUUGAUACAACAUACAAGAUUGUGACGAUCAACUUACCUCUGGCGCAGGUGGAUUUUACCGAGACUCCAGCACUAGCUAUAUAUGCUCAGGUUCAACAGGAUUAUCUGCCUGUUCCCCCUGCUGACGUCACAGCUAUCAUUUCGGAUUCAUCUAACACGACCUCGAUGACAUUGCUCGACAACGGGUCAGGGUCCGACUUAUUCAAAGGCGACGGGACAUAUUCAGGGUUCUUCCUAAGCUUCACUUCUAAUGGCAGAUAUAACGUCAAGGUCAAUGUCGUCGGCUAUGAUGGCUCAGGGAACCAGAGAGGAAAAAGGUCAGCUGAACGUGAAGUUGAGACCGCAGCAGAGCCAUCUUUCAUGCGUACAGCAUCGGGAGGAGUCUUCAAAGUCCAAGGCUACACUCCGAACGCCACUGAUAUUCUGCCACCUUCCCGUAUCCAGGACCUGGUAUAUACAUCUUUCUCAUAUGACAACAGCACGGUGACCCUCAGGUGGACUGCUGUAGGAGACGACUUGGACCAAGGAACGGCUUACAAUAACGAACUCCGCUAUUCCACCAACUUCGAUGAGGUCCGAAACUACUUCAGCAAUAGUCAUGAGGUCACACAGGAUCAACUGGUCUACGGGAACUUAUCCGUUAUCAGUCCUGCUGGCGUUAUUGAGACUGUCACUAUUUCCCUUCCUGCGAGGGGUAAAGAAAUCGUCUACUAUUUCGCAAUUCGGGCUUGGGACGAGGCAGGGAAUGGAGGGGACUUGUCCAACAUCGCUUCCCUGUCGAUCCGCUACAUACCGGUGUAUGUGCCCACAACUGCCGAACCAAUACCAACGUCUGUACCCACAACCAUCGAUCCAAUACCGGUGUCUGUAGCCACCAUCGAACCAACUGGGCCAGACAACCUGGCCCUGAUCAUCGGCGUGUGUUUUGCAGUUGUUGUGGUAAUCAUCGUUGGAGCUGUCAUACUGUGCGUAUACUACCGGAAAACACACUGCGGACGAAUGAAACCUAAUGCAGCACCAACACAAGAAAAUCUUCAAGACGUGGAGGGGAUGCAACAUAAUCCAACCUAUGAUAAUCCUACUUUCUCUACAAACUGA